UUUCUCUAUAAAAGGGCCAGAAUAGCAGCUAAGAAGCCAUCACAGAAUCCAGGGGGUCAUUCUGUGAUAGAAGCCCCACCACCCCCUUGCUGCCAGACCCAGAACCAACAAAGACAUGAGACUCACUUUCUCCGCCUUAUUAUCCUUCGGGAUAAUAGGGCUGUGCCUGGCUUCAGAACAACAAGUAAGAUGGUGUGUCAUAUCAGAAAAUGAGCUGAAGAAAUGUAAUGACUUUAAAGAGGCCCUGAAGAGUAUCAACAAUGGCGAUCUGGCCUGUAUAAAGAAAACUUCCCACAUGGAUUGUGUCAAGGCCAUCUCAGACAAUGAUGCCGAUGCUGUGACUAUCGAUGGUGGUUUGAUCUAUGAAGCAGGUCUGGUCCCCUACAAUCUGAAACCCGUUGUUGCUGAAGACUAUGGUACUGAAACAGAUCCUCUGUCUCAGUACUUUGCUGUAGCUGUUGUGAAGAAGGGAUCCGAUUUCCAAAUCAGAGACCUCAAAGGCAAGAGGUCCUGCCACACUGGCCUGGGCAGGUCAGCUGGGUGGAUCAUGCCCGUGGGGACACUUUAUGCACUUGGCUUGUUGGACUGGGAAGGACCUCCAGAGCCCAUAGAGGAUGCUGUGGCCAGGUUUUUCUCUGGAAGCUGUGUUCCCUGUGCUUUGGGGAAGAAUCCAAAACUGUGUUCUUUGUGUGCCGGAAAAGGUGGUGACAAGUGUGCCUGCUCAGACAGAGAACCUUAUUUUGGCUACUCUGGAGCUUUCAAAUGCCUGAAGGACAAUGCGGGUGAUGUGAGUUUUGUCAAGCACACAACCGUGUUAGAGAACCUUCAAACCGAGGAAGAAAGAGAAAAAUAUGAGCUACUGUGCCCUGAUAACACAAGGAAACCUGUGAGUCAGUACCUGGACUGCAACCUGGCCAGAAUCCCAGCCCAUGCUGUCGUGACCCGAAAUGUGAAUGGCAAGGAGGACCCGAUCUGGGAUCUCCUCUCCACUGCACAGGAACAUUUUGGCAAGGGCAAAUCAGAGAAAUUCAAUCUAUUUAGUUCUCCACAUGGAAAAGACUUGCUGUUUAAGGAUACCGCCAACAGGCUUUUGAGGAUUCCUCCAAAGAUGGACUAUGAACUGUACCUGGGAUACCAAUUCAUCCAGGCUAUUAAGCCUAUGAAAGGUCAAUCCCUAGACAAGAUGCAUUCCUUAGGGGACAAGAAGGUGAAGUGGUGCACAGUAAAUGAUGAUGAAAAGAAAAAAUGUGAUGAAUGGAGCGUGUUCAGUAAUGGAGUCAUUGCAUGUGAGGUGGGAGAAAAUGCUGAAGACUGCAUUGUCAAGAUAAUGAAAGGGGAAGCUGAUGCCAUGAGCACUGAUGGAGGAUAUGUCUAUCUCGCUGGCAAGUGUGGUCUGGUGCCUGUCCUGGUAGAGAACUAUACACCUAAGGAUGCAGAGAGGCAUGGGCCUGACUGUGUGAAUAAACCUGCUGAGGGCUAUUAUGCCGUGGCUGUUGUUAGAUCAGGUACUGAUCUCACUUGGGCUACUCUAAAAGGCAAGAAAUCCUGCCACACAGCAGUUGGAAGAACUGCUGGCUGGAACAUACCCAUGGGCCUGAUAUACAACCAAACCCAUUCCUGUGAUUUUGAUCAAUACUUCAGUGAAUCCUGUGCACCUGGUGCUGAUCCUGCUUCCAAUCUCUGUGCCUUAUGUAUUGGCAAUAAAGACUCACCAGUUUUGGAUAAAUGUGCUUCUAGUUCCAAAGAAACCUAUUAUGGCUACACCGGGGCUUUUAGAUGCCUGGCUGAGAGAAAAGGAGAUGUGGCCUUCGUGAAACACACCACUGUCCUGGAGAAUACAGAUGGAAAGAAUACGGACUCUUGGGCAGAAAACCUGAAGAGUGGAGACUUUAGGUUCUUAUGUUUAGAUGGAAGCCAGAGGGAAGUGACCAAUCCGGAAACAUGUCACCUGGCUAAGGCACCAAACCAUGCUGUGAUCUCACGGAAAGAUAAGGCACAGUUAGUCCGCCAGGUGCUAUUGGACCAACAGAGCCGUUUUGGAACUUAUGGGAACGAUCGAGACACUUUUACUAUCCUCCCCAAAACCAAAAACCUCCUGUUCAAGGACAACACUGAGUGCCUGGCAAAACUCUCAGAUGACAUCACCUAUGAGACAUUCUUAGGACAAGAGUAUGUCACAGCUGUUGGCUCUCUGAAGAAAUGCUCAACUUCCACUCUCCUGCCUGUCUGUGAAUUUCACAAAUUCUAGAAAGCCAAGAACAUGAGACAUUCUCCCAUGAGGGACUAACCACCAGAUGGCUACACUGCUUUUUGCUGCUCUUUCCUGAUCCCCAAGAAUGGUGGGGACGGCCUUCUCACUUCCUUUUAACAGAUGAUCCUACAGUGGAAUAACGUCUUCAACCUUCAUACUUCCCUGCUGUCAUCUGAACAAUAAAGUGGAAGAAUGUCACUGA